GUCAAGUGGGCGCGGAGGCGGCCGAGGGCACCUGUGCAGGUUCCUGGCCGGCGGCGGGUCAUGGCUGGACCCGUGCGAGUCGGUGGGGCCGGGGCUCUGGACUUGGUCCGGGCCUUGCCCCGCGUGAGCCUGGCCAACCUCCGGCCGAACCCCGGCUCCAAGAAGCCGGAAAGACGACCAAGAGGUCGGAGAAGAGGUAGAAAAUGUGGCCGAGGCCAUAAAGGAGAACGGCAGAGGGGAACCCGGCCCCGACUGGGCUUCGAGGGAGGCCAGACCCCGUUUUACAUCGUAAUCCCCAAAUACGGGUUUAAUGAAGGACACAGCUUCAGACGUCAAUAUCAGCCUUUGAGUCUCAAGAGACUGCAGUAUCUUAUUGAUUUGGGUCGAGUUGAUCCUACUCAACCUAUUGACUUAACCCAGCUUGUCAAUGGAAGGGGUGUGAACAUCCAGCCAUUUAAAAGGGAUUAUGGUGUCCAGCUGGUAGAGGAGGGUGCUGACAACUUUAAGGCAAAAAUUAAUAUUGAAGUACAGUUGGCUUCAGAACUAGCCAUUGCUACAAUUGAAAAAAAUGGUGGUGUUGUUACUACAGCCUUCUAUGAUCCAAGAAGUCUAGAGAUUCUAUGCAAACCUGUUCCAUUCUUUCUGCGGGGACAACCCAUCCCAAAAAGAAUGCUUCCACCCGAAGCCUUGGUCCCAUAUUAUACUGAUGCAAAGAAUCGUGGUUACCUGGCGGAUCCUGCCAAGUUUCCUGAAGCAAGACUGGAACUUGCCAAGAAGUAUGGUUAUGUUUUACCGGAUAUCACUAAAGAUGAACUCUUCAAAAUGCUUAGUACUCGAAAGGAUCCAAGGCAGAUUUUCUUUGGUCUUGCUCCUGGGUGGGUGGUGAAUAUGACAGAUAAGAAAAUUUUAAAACCUACAGAUGAGAAUCUGCUCAAGUAUUAUAGCUCAUGAAUUCCCUUCCAAGAAAGCAGAGUAGGAAGAGUACUGGAAAAGGGAAUGAAACACAUAUUUCUCCUUGCAUUUUCUUAAUUUGUGAUUCUCCAGAUGCCCUUUUUAAAAAUGUUUUCAGUGUGAUCAUAUCUUUU